CUUACUGCCACCACACAAGCCAGGAGUGCACCAGGAAGCCACCAGGAUACCUACAGGAUUACCACGUGGUUACUCUAAGAAGUCAGCUUUCUGAAGGAGAACUCAUCAGUCCAAACAACCACAAGGAACUGGGAUCAUUGUCAGAGCUUGAGCAAUAUUUGGUCACCAAAUAAACCAGCACGGCAUGGGCAUGACUGCAUGCUUCACGCUGUCUGUUGCGUGGGAAUUCUAAGUCUCAAACCUGACUUGCCACAUGCAUUGAUAACCAACCAUAACCAUCACUUCAUCUUAUGAUUAUUCUCUUGUGGCCACUGUGUGUGCCAAAUAGUUUUCUAUAUAAUAGAACUGGCUGGAAUUUACUGGGCAAAAAUGGUGUCUCAUAAGGUGUGACUGUCAGCUUGCUUAUCUGUGGAUUGUCUGGGAGUCACAGUCCAGAAUCAGCAAGUGCACACAACCGAAUGUUUUCCCCGAAGAAGGAGACCCUGCCUUCUCCAAGCCUGGAGGAUUCCUUCUUCCCUUUCUCCUCAUCGUCUUCCUCCACCAAGCGGACGAUGGCCCCGGGGGUGGUCCCUGAGGCACUCACAGACCUGGCCCAGGACGAUGGCCCCGCGCUGAUGGAGAGUGACCUGAUCCUGGCAGCUGAGCUCGGACAGGCCCUGCUGGAGAGGAACGAGGAGCUGAACGUCCAGCUGGAGCAGAAGGACAAGGAGAUGGAGGCCGUGCAGCAGGAGAAGCACGUGCUGCAGCGGCGGCUGGAGGUGUGUGAGAUGGAGGCAUCUCAGCGGGAGGCCGAGCUGCAGGCCGACCUGGCCACCCUGCGGAAGCAGCUGGAGCAGCAGCACGCCCAGGGCCGGGACCGCCGCCGCGAGGAGACACAGCAGCUCACACAGCUGUCCAACCACAACCACAAACUGGUGGAACAGUUGGCAGAGGCGGUGUCACUGGAGCAUGCGCUGCGCUCGGAGCUGCGUCAGCUGAGGGAGGAGAUGGAGGAGAACAGCUUCACCCGCUCCAUUAGUUCGGCAAGGGUGGACAGUCUUCAAGCAGAGAUCAGAGUGGCGCAGGAACGGUACAGUAACCUGGACAAGCGGCUGCAGUCGACACAGGAUGAUAACGACAGGUUGCGCUCAGAGAGAGACAUGCUGAGAGAGAAGGUGGCAGACCUACAGAGCAGUCUGCUAGAUAAGGAAUCCGAGCUGGAGCAGGAGCACAGCACGGUGUUCCGGCUGCAAACACACAACCGCACGCUGCAGCACAGAGUGCAGGCCCUGGGGGAGGAAGUGAGCCUGGGAGAGACCACCAGCUUCCCGCUCUCGCUGCAGUGCGAGCUCCAGCAGUCGCAGGCCAAAGAAGCCCUCUUGGCUCACUCAGAAGUCCUGCAAGUGAGAGAAGCCGAACUCCAGAAACUGAAUCAAGAGUUACAGAGCAAAGAGGAGGAACUGCGGUCACUGAGGGAAGAGGUGAAACCAUUUCGAAGCAGUCCUGGAAAACCCAGCUACAGUUCUUUGGAAGAAGAAUUGCUUAAAACACGGCAAGACAGAGACUCUCUCAACAUACAGCUGCUGAGCACCAUCAAACACAAGGUGGCGCUGUCUCAGGAGGUGGAUGCCUGGCAGGAGGACAUGCGGCUAGUUAUUUGUCAACAAGUCCAACAACAAGAGGAAGACAGAAAAAAGAUGGCCUCCCCCCUCCAAAGAGGAACACGCACCAGCAAGUCCUUGCGUUUACGCGGAGAAGAGAAGAAUAAUUUUUUCUCUUCACUUUUUAGUGGAAAGUAAAUGAGACAAUGAUGGGAUACACUUUCCCUUUGUACAUUUGUGUAUAUGAGCUUACAGAAUGAAUGGAUAUAAAGAAAACAAUUAAAUAUUUUAUGAUUUG